CAGAGGUGGAAAUGACGGGGAAGACAUGGACGACGAUGAGCAAAACCCACCGAAUGCGAACCCAGAACAUCAACAGGUCCAGGCGGCACACCCGACCACCUCGACUGCGAGCACCACACCGCUGAGCGUUCCUUUUCCGCCGGCAGCGGAGUCGGUCACGAAUCUUCCUGGCUCUCCUACACGACCCCAGCAAAUAAACGGUCAACAACUAUCCUCCCUUCCCGCACUAAGUUCCCCCUGGCGGCAGAUUCCGGUCCGUAUGUACGCCAG